AUGAUCACCACGUUUUUUCCUGUGAAAAAACUGCGGAGGAAAAGCAAAUGUGUCCUUUUCGGUGCUAUUCUGCUGGUCGCAGCGGUGGCCGUCUACCACGAGAUGGUUGCGGCCAAGGCUUGGAGCGAGGGCACCGGUUCCAAUCCAGAUGAUGGCAUUAGAUGGCGGGGCAACAUGUUUAACAAAAGGGUCGUCGCAGGCCAUCCACUGGAGAAUUACAGAUUUGUGCCGCAAGCCUGGAUACCAGAGUAUAAAGGCCAUGCCAAUUUGCAUGUGUUUGAGGACUGGUGUGGCGGCUCCACGGACAGGUUGCGCCUGAACUUGCACUACCCGCUAUACCCUCAUUCCAGGACCACAGUAAGGAAGCUGGCUGUUUCUCCACAGUGGACCAACUAUGGGCUCCGGAUCUUUGGUUACUUACAUCCGUAUACCAACGGAGAGUUUGUGUUCGCCUUGAGUUCUGACGACAACUCGGAAUUCUGGCUCAGCACGGACGAUUCUCCAUCUAAUCUGCAGUUACUUGCAUGGGUUGGAAAGACCGGAUCUGAGUGGACAGCCCCCGGAGAGUUUGAGAAGUAUGCCAGUCAGAUCUCCACAGCAACUCAGCUUUCUGCUCAGAAGAGGUACUUUUUCGAGCUGAUCCACAAGCAGAAUGACCGAGGCACUGACCACGUGGAAGUGGCUUGGAAGCUGUUGGAUGAGGACUUUAGGUUUAUGGUCAUUGAGUCCAAGUACAUCUCCCUCUAUGUUAAUGAAUCGGCAUUUCUAAUGAGUGACGUUGCUCACAUACCGCAGACGGCCGCAAGCCACCGACGUCCCACUCCACCGAAACAGGGCGCUACCGCUCCAGACUUACUGAGAGAAGACCCACGAGAUGUUCUGCACCAAGUGCCUCUGAUAGGCGGCAGUUUCCUCCGAGGUGUUCUGCCCGACUGCUCUUACAAGCCAAGCUACACCAUCAAAGACUUCCCACUAACUCGUUACCAGGGUCUCCAGUUUGUCCACAUGUCCUACAUAUAUCCCAAUGACUAUACACGUCUGACACACAUGGAGAAAGAGGACAGCUGCUUCUAUCCAGAGAACCCCAAUUACAUGAAGAUGUUUGGGUUUUCGCAAUACAUGAGACUUGAUCGACCUGACGAACUGGAACAGGAAAACCCAGCUCUUGACUACAGCUUUAAGAGGAGAAAGUCUGUCCUAGAGGAGGAUAAUGACGAGUUUGGCAAGGACGCGUUUCCUGGCAAGAUGAAGGCAAAAGCUGCCCGUCAGAGGAAUAACAAUCGUUUCAGUGAUUACGGAGAUGAUUACGACGAUUACGCCAUGAAACGGCGGCGCAAACUCUUCUCCUUGGCUUUGAAAGAUUUUAAUGAAACCUUGAAGAAGUCACUUAACACCAAUAGAGAAGUUGGACUUCAACAGAAGAAAGUAGCGGGCACUUCAAAUUUGGCGGCCAUGCAAAGCUCCAAGCAGAAGAAGCAACCAGCAGUCAAACCAGAAGUGCCUGUUAAAAUAGCAUCAAAUGAAAAACCAAACGUAAAGCCAAAAUCUGCAAAGGGACCAGCAUUUAAAUCAGCUGAAAAAACUAAACAGCUCCAGCCACUCCUAACUAGAAAAAAGCCUGUUACAAAGCAAAUCAACUCCAAAUGGAGGGCUAUUAACUUAAACCAAACCCACUCCCGGAUGAGUAAAGGGUCACUUCAGCCUAUCAACGCUGAUGCUCCAACACCUGCUCCUACUCAGGUCGCAAAACUGGGGGAGAGUAGGAGAGAUAGCAGAGAGAGCGAUCCUGAUGCUUUUUGGGAACCAGAGGGAGAUUUAGAUGAUGAGGAGCUCAACCCAGAACCCGCGUUUGACAUCGAAGUGGACUGGAGCCAGACCUUCCAGAUCAAUCAUGUAGACUUGCAGGCCAUAAGGUCUGAUUGGAUCGACCUGCACUGCAACAUCUCGGGGAACCUGCUGCUGCACUCUGGUGAUGCACUUUCCAUCGCGAAAGCUUUUGUGGCCCAACUCAACAAGAAGCAUCAAGACUACUUCACACUGGUCCGCGUGGUUAAUGUGGAGAAGCGUGUCGACGGCAUUCAAGGCAGCCGUUACCUCCUAGAACUGGAGCUGAAGGACGCCAAGGGCCAGCUCCUGCGCCUGUCUAACUACAUCUAUGCACUAAUUCGCCGCAACGGUCACCCGCGCAGUGAGGACUUUGGAUUUCGGCAGCAAAAACCUCAGCUGGUGUUGUGCAACCCGGUCGGCUUCCACUGGAACCCUGUGGUCAUGAUCCAUUUCAUAGUGCCGGUGAAAAACCAGGCCCGGUGGGUGCAGCAGCUCAUUGAUGACAUGGCAGGAUUGUUCAAGGCGACUGGGGACACCAACUUUAACCUCAUCAUCACAGACUACAACAGCACUGACAUGGACGUGAGGGCAGCCCUCAAGAUGUCUUCUUUGCCUAGGUACCAGUAUGUGAAGCUGAGUGGAAACUUUGAGCGAUCUGCUGGCCUCCAAGCAGGCAUCGACCUAAUAAAUGAUGACCACAGUAUUGUGUUUCUUUGCGACCUCCACAUCCAAUUCCCUCCUUCCAUCAUGGAUAGCAUUCGGAAACACUGCGUGGAGGGAUUUAUGGCCUUUGCUCCUAUUGUCAUGAGGCUAGAUUGUGGGGCCACACCCUUGGAAGGCAGAGGUUACUGGGAAGUGAACGGCUUUGGCUUACUGGGCAUCUACAAAUCUGACCUCGAUGCAGUGGGAGGAAUGAACACCAAGGAGUUCACUAAUCGCUGGGGAGGAGAAGACUGGGAACUCCUUGACCGGAUCCUUCAAGCUGGACUGGAGGUAGAGCGGAUCUACUUGCGUAACUUCUUUCACCAUUACCACUCCAAGCGUGGAAUGUGGAACCGUCGUGUGUCGCCCACAUCAAGUUGA